GACGGAGGAGGAAAAAAUGCAGGCGGUAAUGGUAGCGUUGGAAGGGAAAGCUCUCAACUGGUUUCAGUGGUGGGAAACCUGUCAUCAGAACCCUUCUUGGGAAGAGUUUAAAGUAGCAGUGGUUAGAAGGUUCCAGCCAACCAUGUUACAGAACCCUUUUGAAAUCUUGAUAGGCUUAAGUCAGAAUGGAACGGUUGAUGAGUAUAUUCAGAAGUUUGAGAUGUAUGCAGGAUUCUUGAAGGGAAUUGAGCAAGAAUACUUGGUGGGGAUCUUCUUGAAUGGUCUGAAAGAUGACAUUAAGGCAGAAGUCAAAUUGUAUGACCCUGCUACGCUGGCAGAUUUAAUGCUUAAAGCCCAAAUGGUGGAGGAGAAGAUUCGCGUGCAUUCGAAGGCAGGUUAUUCAUCUCUGAAUAGGUCUACCACUACCUCCAAACCUUAUAUAGUGACAAGAAGUUUUUCCAGGGAGCCAACAACCUCAGGAAGUUCUGUCAAUUUCAAUGACGGAAAAGGGAAAUCGGGGGAGACUACUAGUAUUGCCAGCAACACAUCGGGAGGGCAACGUCUUAGAGGGGCACCUUUUAGGAAAUUGUCUGAAGCUGAGUUACAAGAGAAG